AUGAACGCCGAGAAAUUGACCGCCUGCUGUGAAGCCGCAAGCACGCGUAGGCCUGCGACUACCCACAAUCAGUCUCGCCACGCUCCCAAGCUUCCUUCCUGCUCUCACCGGAAUCCCGUCCGACACCAUUCGCCUCACCCAACUUGUAAAAACGACUUGCUCGUCGAAGUCGUAGACCGCAUCUCCCUUCUCCUCGAGAAGGUGAACGGUUCGCAGAGCAUCGACCCGCUCACUGUCAAAGUCUCUGGGACACGAGCUGGAUCAGCCGUGUCACGAAACCGAAAAGGUCAUUGUCAUCGGUGUGACGCAUCUAGCAGCCCACCCCAAACCAGCGCCGCUUCGGUUGCAAGACCUCUAUCGAUACCGGAUGAGCAACAGACUGAUGCCUGCGUUGGCAUGCGCCACGACAAGGGGACUACCAAACCGCAGAAAAGCUCGAGAGCCUCAUGGCGAAGCCUUACAUCUGGAGUUGCACCGCCUCACGAGACAGUUGAACUAGCAUGUGCUUCUUCACCGAGGCAACGAACCUCAGUGCGGACUAUGCAGCAAACUUGUAGUCCGCCAGAAGGUUGCAUGUCUUGUGCUCUCCGCACGCGCGGAGGGGGGAAACCGGUGGUACCUGUACCAAAGGGCGGCGCCGUCAAAAACGCGAGCAAUUCUCCACGCUUGACAAGCAAAAGCUCCCCGUCGUGCUCCACUACGCGUGACCUCACUCGAGUCGCUCGCCUUGAAGUCGGCUUGCAAAAAUCGUCCCAGAAGAAUAAAGCGCUCAAAAACGAAAAUGCUCACCUUCUUCAAGCUCUCCACCAGGUGCAAACAGAGGCGAAGCAAACAAAACGACUUCUGGACGACUGCCGGGAGCAACUGGCGGCGAGGGAAGAUGCGCUCAACGCGAAAGUACUUCGUCAGGCUGCAGAGGAUCAGACCACAGCAUCUGUCUGCGACGAACCGCAAUACUUCAGUUGCUGUGAUACGGCUGCACUACACGCUGCCGCAUUGGCAGGAGACAGGGCUCGCCACCAAGCGGAUCUCCUGCACGAAGCGACCCAGAAGCUCGAGGACGAAAUGAGGAACUUGAAGAAGCGAAUGGUGACUCUCUCGACAAAAGUUACAGAACAAAAUACUGCCAUUUCUAAUCGGGAUGCCCAGCUCAGCAAGGCCGAAAAGCAGCUCAGCAGAGAGCGGAAAGUUUCCUCGCGGCUGCGCAAGUUCUACCUCCAGACUUCGCAUCGCAACAAGUCUUUGGCCCACGAAAAUACCGCCUUGAACGAAACGCUGUUAGAUCUGGAACUAAAACUCUGCCGUCCCCAUACACUAUGGGAACUUGCGCACCGCAGCGCUCUAUCCCCAUGUCAUAACGGCCGUAGCGCUCGAAGACGUGGAGACUGCCACCGACAGGCAUCCACGAUAGACACAAUUGCGCGUGCAUUGCUCACUGAGAAAAAACGCACACAAGAGAUGCAGAAAAGCCUUGACAGGUACACCGAACGACUGCUGGCGGAUAUUGGACGGCGUCCGCGCGCCAAGUGCGUACUCAGCCAGGAAAGAGGAAACCAAACCUGUAGUCGUCGUGCGGCCUUCGGCGUCAAAGAAAGGCCCUUGGAUUCAGGAGUGAACGGUAGCAAGCACUUAUUCGCCUCCGCAUGUAUAGAGUCAGUCGCCGAACAGGAUACUUCUGCAGGAAAUCCUCUACGCGUCUGCGCACAGCAUGACAAGGGUGUAGCUCAGGGGCGCCACUCGUGUCUCAGACUAGCUCUGGCUUGCCUCUCACAGGAAACCCGAAGUGAGCUGAUACGGCUUCUACAGAUUCAGGUGGCUGACGACCCUUCCCCCUCGCCGGGCGACAAAAACAGUCGCCGCCGAAGCCGUAGCUGCUCAAGGACAGGCGCGCACGCCCGUCCUCCCCAUCGACCAGAAGCGGCCCUCCAGUUGACACACCGGCUCUGCCGAAGUUUGAGAGAUUCCGCUGCAGUCAAUCGAGACACAAGUGGAGGCGUCUGCCAUUCGGGGCAAGACUCGCUCACGGGGAGAGGGCGCAGCUCUCGAAGAGCCAAAGGGGAUCUAGGGCAAAUUCGCCCUGCGGACGGAAGCCCCAAUGACGGGUGCAGUUUCGUUAAUCGCGGUAAUUCGUCAUCUGCCUGGGGUAGAGACUCCUCUGAGGGCGCAGAAGACGGUGGGACUGCCUGCGACCGCAGCGAGCGUCCGAUCUCUGCUCAGUUAUCGUGCGCUCUUCCGGACGAAUCCCACUGUCGCUCCCCGUCAAGAAAUUGCUGCCAUCUCGGGGGGCCCCCAUCUGAACUCGCGACGAACGAGCAUAACGACACGCCAUGUUGCACUCUGCCGUGGGAUCAUUCGCACGCAGUCGACUCUUCCCGCAGUUCCAUAGCCGGAAGCAUUAGGUCAGCGUGUUCAGACAUCAGCCAUAAUCAAGGCGGGCAAGACGAACCGUGCCUUCCCUGCUCGCCGUUCUCCUCCCAAGCGCCUUCUAGACCUAUACCAUAUCAUGAAACACCCCUCGAAGAAUCUGGAGCGGCCGUCUCGAUGCCGACGCCUCUUCCGCCAAGUCCCGCGACAGAACUGCCCCCUUCAUCCGCCCUUGCCUCCUCACAUCUUUCUCCGUCUCCAGGGCACAUGCCUCCGUCGCCGAUGUCGCACACGAAUCCGCUUGCAGCCCCGGGCCAAGGAGGCGAGUCGAACGCUUACUUGCCUGCGACGCAGCAGCCUGGAGCGCGGCGAAUGCCAGUGCGAGCCACGGCGGGACAUGUCCCCAAGUCACCGCCGCCCAUGAUCGCUGCCUCAAGAGCCGACUGCCGGUUGCAGCAUCCUCCUUGCUGCUCUCCUCAGCCAGGCAUCACGUUGCAUUCGUGUCCACGCGUUGGUGCGGCGUGUCACAACCACAUCCGAGUGCCCCGCUCGACGCUUCUAAGUUCAUCGCCGUCUUCACUAGAUUCUUCAACACUCGAACGGGACUGCACACGCACAGACCUCUGUUCUGGGGCCGGAAUCUCAACGUCGUGCGUUGGAUGCUGCCUGUGCCCGCAAGCACUCAAGCACGGCUGCGGCGGGCGGGCGGCUGUAACUUCCUGCUGGACUGAACUACGGGAGACAUGUAGCUGCCCAGCUCGUGUGACUGGUAAUACGCCACGUCACGCGGUUCGGUGCGGCGGAGUUGCGCAUCUGCAAGCUCAGCCCCAUUGUGGGUGCCUCAGACUCGGCAGCAGGGGGGUUUCGGCGGCACGUGGCAGCGCCUGUGGCUGUGAGGCGUCCGCCAGCAUAGACAGCUUGCCUUCAGAAACGUUGCCAUCUUCGUGCGCCGUUGAGGCGGCAGGACAUGUGAGCCGAUGCCCAUCCUCGAGUUUCCUCUUAUGCCCAGAACCCAGUCAGCUGUGUAUUAGGAAAGAGGGAAACGCGCUCGAAGGUUGCGUCUCUUGGGACUUGCCUCCCCAGAUUCAAGUGUCCUUACAGUCAGACACAUAG